CGCACAUAUCUAUGCAUUGCAUUUACGUAUGCAUAGAAAGAGAGAGAGAGAGAGAGAGUACGACGCGCACAUACAUACAUGUAAUGGGAAGGGAAGGGGGGCGAGAGAGAGAGAGAGAGAGAGAGAGAGAAGAAGGGCGCAGAACUGCUUAAGAAAUAUUUCUCAUCUCUGUUCGUUCGUUUCUCUUUCUGGAGCUUUCUGAUGACCGCAUUUUGCACAAAUUUUAAUCUAGUAACUCUUGGAAUUCGGAGCUGUUGAGUUCUUCGUUUGGCUCAUCCUCGUCGGUUCGGGGGGCUCAAUCGACCUCAGGUCCGAAACAAUUGCUGACAGAUAGCCUGCAACGUCAAUUUUUGACCGUCUUCGUAGUUCUAACGCGCGUAACUGGAAGUCAUUGAUUGAAAUUUCUUUUUUCUCCGUGGUGACACGAUUGACUUAACAGAAGCGAAUUACGAAGCACGCGAUCGUUUUCUUGUAGGUUGUGAUCGAGCGUGAUUCUGAUGCACUUGAGGAACAUAAAUUUGAAGAUAGAGGUAUUUGGUGUUUUGUAUGGAAAACUUUGACCCUGUUUUGUCAUCUACUAGAGCUUCGGUUUUGUCCAAAUGAGUUGUACACUACACAGGAACCACACUUGAUAUUGCAGCAUGAAUGGCUACUGUACAGAGGGCUAGUCUUGGCGAGAGGAAUGUAGAGCAGGCUAUUGCAGCCCUAAAAAGAGGGGCAUAUCUGCUAAAAUAUGGACGUAGAGGGAAGCCAAAGUUCUGUCCGUUCCGGCUCUCUAAUGACGAAACAGUAUUGAUAUGGUAUGAUGGCAAAACUGAGAAACAGCUCAAAUUGAGUCAGGUUUCAAGAAUUAUACCUGGCCAGCGUACUGCAAUAUUUCAACGGUAUCCACGACCUGAGAAGGAAUACCAGUCAUUUUCUCUUGUGUAUGGCAAUAGGUCAUUGGAUUUGAUUUGCAAAGAUAAGGAUGAAGCUGAAAUCUGGUUCGUUGCCCUCAGAGCAUUAACCUCACCAGGUCACUAUCAAAAAUUGAGUAGUCAUGCCAGAAGCAACAGUGAGUCCUCUGAUAGCUCAAGUGCCUGUACAGGAAGAACCUCGCCAUCAGUUUUCUCAAGUAGCAGUAGUGACUUAGUUUACAAGGAUCAAGGGGCUGCUGAAACAAUUCAAAAAGUGGUUCCUUUUGGCAGUCCACCAAAGAAAUUACCGGGGACAGUAUAUUCUGAUACUCCAACAUAUAAUGCUGCUGAAAAGCAUUGCUCUCAGACAGAUUUUACUGCCAAUUCUCUCAGUUCCCCAUCGUCUGGUGGUUUAGACAAUCCAGAUGAGCGGAGAUCCGCAGAUAACCUUAGAAUCAGUUUGUCCAGUGGCAUAAGCUCAUCAAGCCAUGGAUCUUCUCUUGAUGUGGAAGCUCCAGGUGAUGUUUUUAUAUGGGGGGAAGGAAUUUGUGUUGGGCUGCUUGGUGGAGGUGUGCAUAGAGUUGGAAAAUCAACUGCUGUCCGAACAGAUGCACUUUUGCCCAAGCCUUUGGAAUCAGCAGCAACCCUUGAUGCCCAAGAUAUUGCUUGUGGAAGUAAACAUGCUGUGUUACUUACCAAGGAGGGGGAGGUCUUCAGUUGGGGAGAGGGUUUCGGUGGGAGGCUUGGUCAUGGAGUAGAAGUUGAUAUUUCUUACCCAAAACUUAUUAGCGCUCUUUGUGGAUUAAACACUGUAUCAGUAGCAUGUGGAGAAUAUCAUACCUGUGCUGUUACACAAUCUGGAGAUCUUUAUACUUGGGGUGAUGGCGCACACAAUUUUGGUUUUCUGGGGCAUGGGAAUGAUGUAGGUUUCUGGAUUCCUAGAAAAGUUUGUGGUCCAAUGCAAGGUAUCCAUGUAUCAUCUAUCUCUUGUGGACCUUGGCACACAGCUGCUGUUACAAUGGUAGGUCAGUUGUUUACCUUUGGAGAUGGAACAUUUGGUGCCCUAGGUCAUGGAGAUCACAGUAGUUCAAGUGUGCCACGAGUAGUUAAAACUCUUGAAGGACUACGGACCUUGAAGGUGUCAUGUGGUUUUUGGCACACUGCUGCAGUUGUGGAGGCUAUUGUUGAACCAGAAAGUUCAGGUAGCUCAACUAAAAAGCUAUUUACCUGGGGUAGUGGUGAUAAAGGCCAACUUGGACAUGGUGAUACAGAGCCUAGGAUUAUUCCAUCUUGUGUAGUGUCUUUGUGUGACACCAACUUCUGUCAAGUGGCUUGUGGUCAUAGCAUCACUAUUGCUCUUACAACCUCGGGACAAGUAUAUACAAUGGGUGCUGCUGAUUUUGGACAACUUGGAUAUCCUGGAAAUGCUGGUAAGCUUCCUACAUGUGUAGAAGGCAAAAUCAGUAACAAUUUCAUCGAGGAGAUAUCAUGUGGUUCUCAUCAUGUUGCAGUUUUGAGCUCAAAAUCUGAGGUAUAUACUUGGGGAAAGGGAGCAAAUGGUCAAUUAGGUCAUGGGGACAAUGGUAACAGAAACACUCCCACACUUGUUGAAGCUCUAAGAGACAAGAGAGUAAAGAAUGUAGUUUGUGGAUCUAAUUUCACUGUUGCCAUUUGUCUUUACAAGUGGGUCUAUCAUGCUGGUAGUUCUGUAUGUUUUGGUUGCCGCAAUUCAUUCAAUUUCAGACGAAAGCGUCAUAAUUGCUACAACUGUGGGCUAGUUUUUUGUAAAGCGUGUACUAGUCAAAAAUCUCUAAAGGCUUCAUUGGCUCCAAAUAUGAAAAAGCCGUAUCGUGUGUGUGACGAAUGCUUUACAAAGAUAAAUAUAACCAUGGAUUCGGGAUCCAUUCCUAGAAUACCCAGAAUACCAAGUGGAGAUAUACCUCGGAAUUCCAGUGAGGUAGAAGAGAAGGAUUCCUUCGAUUCUAAACCACAGAGACUACUUUAUAGGCUCUCCUCAUUUGAUUCAUUCAGACGAACUAGUUACCAAAAUUCCAAGCAGAAUAGAAAAUCUGACUCAAGUGGUCAUACUUCUCCAGUUAGCGCUGGAAAUGUAAAGACUGGAAGCUUUUAUACAUCAAACAUACCAGUACCUUCUUUUCCUGUUUCAAGCCUGUAUGCUAGAGCAGCAUCUCCAGUCUCUGCAAAUUCAAGCCCUCCUCAUUCAGUGUCACUUGCAUCAGCAUUUUCUGCUACUUCAUAUUCUGAAGUUAUUAUUGCAGAUUCAAAUAAAAAAAAUGAUGGCCUGAAGGAAGAAAUAGCGAUAUUAAGCUCACAGGUGGAGGAUCUGACUCUAAAAUCUCAACUUCUAGAAGCAGAACUUGAAAGAACAACAAGGCAGUUGAAAGAGGCAAUUCAAUUAGCUAUGGAAGAAGCAGACAAAAAUAAAGCUGCAAAGGAAGUAAUUAAAUCCUUAAGCAGGCAGUUGAAAGAUAUUGCUGGAAAAGUGCCUCAAGACUCUUCUCACAGCAUAAAACCGAAUCUUCUUGAUGAAACCACCUCGAAUCCUCUGAGUCCAUCUACUUGGAACCAUUUGACUGGCAAAACAUUUCUUGAGCCUUACUCUGAUAGCCAGAUUUCGGGUCCAAUUUUCUUAAACGGAUCCAGUGGAGAAUCAGAAAAAUUAGAUGGAGAUACAGAAUGCAAAAGUUGUCCCUAGACAACUCCUUUCACCCAGCUAAAGGCCUGGAGUCUGUUAUGAUCUCUGAUGGAUUUGCUCCAGUUGGGAAAACUUGAACGAGACACCUGCCAAUAGGGGGUGGGGGCUGAAGAUAAGAUCAAGGUGUGUUGUGUGUGAAGCAUCUCAAUUGCUAAAUCUCUAUCAAUUUGAGCACGCGCAUUAGAAAAAUGGGAGGUGAUUGAUUGAGUGGUUCUUUGAAAAAGAAAUUCUCAAUUCUCUGCUUGCUAGAAAAUAGCAGGCAAAGGGUGUAAACUCAACUCUCCUGCACAGCGUUGAACGUUAGCUGAUAGGAAAAUGACAGAAAGUAGAUAGGAAAAUUUUAGACCAUUGUACAUAUAUGUGAAUGCCACCUACACCUACACCUACACCUACACCUACACCUCUCUCUGCAGUUGCAGAAUCUUUUUAGAUCUAACAUGCUACGUACUUUUUUCUCCACUCAUAUGAUUACCCUGUUUCUAUUUGUCUUGUUUCUGGACUGUAAUUGAAUAGGUCUGUUCACACCUGACACACCGAUGCUCCAGCUUAGGCGCAAAUAGAAACCCACAAAUGUCUCCAAUGAGAUGUCAAUGUCAUAUGAAAGUAUACAUCUAGGAAGCGAAUUCUUCCUAUUGGCUAACACCCCCCAUUAAC